AUGGCGUGGUUUAGAGCCGGGUCUAAUUUGUCUAAGCUUGCUCUUAGACGAACUCUGUUACAGAGUAGAUCUAAUGUCGGGCAAGCGCGAGUGGCUCCUGCACAGAGUAGAUACUUUCACACCACUGUUUUCAGGUCAAAGGCUCAGUCGGCCCCCGUUCCGCAUCCGGUUCCUCUCUCCAGGCUGACUGACAGUUUUUUAGAUGGAACAAGCAGCGUAUAUCUUGAGGAGCUACAGAGAGCCUGGGAGCAAGAUCCCAAUAGUGUGGAUGAAUCGUGGGACAAUUUUUUCAGAAACUUUGUUGGGCAGGCAACCACAUCUCCCGGUAUUUCUGGUCAAACAAUUCAAGAGAGCAUGCGGCUUUUGUUGCUUGUGAGAGCUUACCAGGUUUAUGGCCACAUGAAGGCCACAAUAGAUCCUCUUGGUCUGGAGAAGAGGUCCAUUCCUGAUGAUCUUGAUCCAGCUCUUUAUGGAUUUUCGGAAGCUGACCUUGAUAGGGAGUUCUUUGUCGGCGUUUGGAGAAUGGCUGGGUUCCUGUCUGAAAACCGUCCUGUGCAGACCUUGAGGGCAAUAUUGACGAGACUGGAACAAGCGUACUGUGGAAAUAUUGGCUAUGAGUACAUGCAUAUUGCUGAUCGCGAAAAGUGUAACUGGUUGAGAGACAAAAUCGAGACUCCUACACCAACUCAGUACAAUCGAGAGAGACGUGAGGUGAUCCUUGACCGGCUUAUUUGGAGCACCCAAUUUGAGAACUUCUUGGCAGCCAAGUGGACUGCAGCCAAAAGGUUUGGGCUGGAAGGUUGCGAGACAUUGAUUCCUGGAAUGAAGGAGAUGUUUGACAGGUCAGCAGAUCUUGGGGUCGAGAGCAUUGUCAUUGGGAUGUCGCACAGAGGUAGACUGAAUGUUCUUGGUAAUGUUGUCCGGAAGCCUCUGAGGCAGAUCUUCAGCGAGUUCAGUGGUGGUACAAAACCUGUGGAUGAAGUCGGCCUUUACACUGGAACUGGUGAUGUGAAGUAUCAUCUGGGAACUUCUUACGAUAGACCAACGAGGGGAGGUAAGAGAAUACACUUGUCCUUGGUUGCAAAUCCCAGCCACUUGGAAGCAGUGGACCCCGUUGUUGUUGGAAAAACUAGAGCAAAACAGUAUUAUUCUAAUGACACCGAAAGGACAAAAAACAUGGGUAUUUUGAUUCAUGGUGAUGGUAGUUUUGCCGGUCAAGGCGUUGUCUACGAGACCUUGCAUCUUAGUGCUCUGCCAAAUUACACUACUGGUGGGACCAUUCACAUUGUUGUGAACAAUCAAGUGGCUUUCACUACUGACCCACAAUCAGGAAGGUCUUCUCAGUAUUGUACUGAUGUUGCUAAAGCUCUGAGUGCCCCUAUUUUCCAUGUGAAUGGUGAUGAUGUGGAGGCUGUUGUUCAUGCCUGUGAACUCGCUGCUGAGUGGCGUCAGACAUUCCAUACUGAUGUUGUGGUCGAUAUCGUAUGCUAUCGUCGUUUUGGGCACAAUGAGAUUGACGAGCCAUCCUUCACGCAACCGAAAAUGUAUAAGGCAUGUUCAACAAUUCUCACUGUUCUCUGUAAUGUCAUAAGGAAUCAUCCUUCAGCACUUGAGAUUUACCAGAAGAAACUUCUAGAGUCUGGUCAGGUCUCAAAGGAAGACAUUGAUCAGAUAAAUAGCAAAGUCACUAAAAUACUCAAUGAGGAGUUUCUGGCUAGCAAAGACCAUGUAACUCAAAGAAGGGACUGGCUCUCAGCCUACUGGGCUGGUUUCAAGUCCCCUGAACAGCUUUCACGUAUUCGUAACACUGGGGUGAAACCAGAAAUACUGAAGAAUGUUGGCAAGGCCAUCACAAGUCUUCCUGAAAAUUUCAAACCUCAUAGAGCAGUAAAGAGGAUUUUUGAAGACCGUUCAAAAAUGAUUGAAACUGGGGAAGGUAUUGACUGGGCAGUUGGUGAAGCCCUUGCUUUCGCUACAUUGCUUGUGGAGGGAAAUCAUGUCAGGUUGAGUGGGCAGGAUGUUGAGCGAGGUACUUUCAGCCAUAGACAUUCUGUUAUUCAUGAUCAGGAAACUGGGGAAAGAUACUGCCCUUUAGAUCACGUUAUGAUGAACCAAGACGAGGAGAUGUUUACUGUGAGCAACAGUUCUCUGUCAGAGUUUGGAGUAUUGGGAUUUGAAUUAGGUUAUUCAAUGGAAAACCCCAAUUCUCUGGUACUGUGGGAAGCCCAAUUUGGCGAUUUUUCCAAUGGCGCUCAGGUGAUGUUUGACCAAUUCCUCAGCAGUGGAGAAGCCAAAUGGUUGCGUCAAACUGGCUUAGUUGUCCUUCUGCCUCAUGGAUAUGAUGGGCAAGGUCCAGAGCACUCAAGUGCUCGUUUGGAGCGCUUUCUUCAGCUCACCACUAUGAGUGAUCAUAAUCCCUAUGUUAUCCCUGAGAUGGACCCAACCCUCCGGACACAGAUUCAGGAAUGCAACUGGCAGGUGGUUAAUGUGACUACACCAGCAAAUUACUUCCAUGUUUUACGGCGCCAGAUACAUAGGGAAUUCCGUAAACCUCUGAUUGUGAUGUCGCCAAAGAAUUUACUCCGCCAUAAGGAAUGCAAAUCUAAUUUGUCCGAGUUCGAUGAUGUUGAAGGCCACCCAGGUUUCGACAAACAAGGAACCAGGUUUAAACGCCUGAUAAAGGACCAAAAUUACCACUCAGAUCUUGAAGAGGGUAUCAGGCGUCUGAUUCUUUGCUCUGGAAAGGUGUAUUAUGAGCUUGAUGAAGAGCGGAAAAAGAUUUGCGGAAAGGACAUUGCAAUUUGUAGAGUGGAACAGCUUUGUCCCUUCCCCUAUGACCUCGUCCAACGUGAACUGAAGAGAUAUCCGAAUGCGGAGAUUGUGUGGUGCCAGGAAGAGCCAAUGAACAUGGGUGCAUACAGCUACAUUGUGCCUCGUCUUGGAACUGCCAUGAAAGCUCUGGGUAGAGGCACUGUGGAUGAAAUCAAGUACGUGGGCCGUGGCCCAUCUGCAGCCACCGCUACUGGUUUUUACCAAGUCCACAUCAAAGAGCAAAAUGAGAUCGUCCAGAAAGCCAUGCAGCCUCAACCUAUCAAAUUAUAACUUGAAAUCCCAAGAGAUUAUUGACUGAGUUUUAUAGUUGCAUAGUUGAAUGGUACCCCGUUUGUGCGGAGAAUAAACCUGACACUUCAUGUUAUCAUUCAUGACUGUUACUCCCUUUCCAUUUUGUGAAACCCAUAUCGUUAAGAUGGUAAAUUUUUUGUUGGGAGAGAUCUUUUCUUUUUCUUUUUGUUAAACCAAGGCUAUUGACAAUAAUUGAAUACAACUCUACUAUUUUUUUUACUUAAUGGUAGACGUCUAGUAGAUAAAGUUAAC